GGAACACAUAUACUGCGGGCAGUGUUUGAAGAUGGCCCUGAACUAUGCGUCGCUGUCCGCCGGCGACCGAAGGAGCAGGGUGUCCCACCGCUCGUCCCUCGGAGACCUCAGCUCGUCGGCCUUAGCGUUGGCGAUGGUCUCCGGAGACAGCUUCCUCGUUACCAGGCCCCAGGCGGUUCUCCCAGAACUUAUUCCGCGGCCGGCGGUGCGGCUGAACGUCCGGGGCGAGAGCCGUCGGGCGCCUGGGGGCGGCCGGAGCCUGACCCGCUUUACACGGGGAAGGGAGCCGGAUGCGCGCAGCCGGAGCCGCCUAGCCCGCUUCUCACCGUACCCCGCGCCUGGGGCUAAGCUCGACCUCCUGCGAAGUGUGCUCCAGCAGCGUCUGGCGGCGCUCGGAGGCGUGAUCGCAGCCCGUCUGGCGGCUUGAAACGGACACCUCCCUCCGCUCCUCAAUGCGCUUGUGAACAAGGCCUCUCUCAAAUCCUUUCCUGGUGCUACUGAAGCCUUAUUUUUAGAGGGACGUCUUUUCAUUCUAAUAUAAAAAUACGUAGGAGUCCUGUUACUCUAACUGAGCGCAAAGGAAAAGUUCUACCAUUCGCCAAGUCAGAUGGUUUUAAAUAGCCAUGAUGAUUGGAUCAGAAGGGAGGCGGGGUUUUGAUGUAGUCACAAAGCUGAGCUAAUUAGAUUAUCUUUCGCAGAGAUCGGUCGUCCUUUUACUCUCCCAACAAUGGACCCACAGUUUUCUUCUUUCCACUAAUAAGUCUUACCUCCCUUCCCGGCAGAUUCUCCUUCUUUGAGACUUGUAAUUCGAGCUUCCUUAACGGCUUACCUUUCUACCUCAGACUAUUCCUUUUACCUUUACUUCUGUUGGUUUGCUACUCAGACUUAACCUUCCACCUGUGGCCCGACUCUGAUCCUGUCAUCUUGUCCUUAACACUUACUUCCAUCUCCGUCCUCCACUGUGUCUUAAGGAAUGUCUUCAAACUUCAGUCUCAACCAUACUAAAACAAAAGCAAAACUGAAACCUUGCUACUCUUUCGAAUUAGUAAAUGAAGUUACAUUUCUUUAUUUGCCAAAGGUUCCAAAUGAAUGUUUACACUUACACUUGUCAUUCUAUUAUUCACAUGCAAUCCUGGCUUCCUUAAUGCGAAUCUGUUGUCCCAAAAUAUACAAAAAUUGGAAACCUUGGCCUUAAGUCUCAUUUUUAGGAAACUGCUUAUCCAUUCACUCUAGCAUCUUCCUUGAACUUUCUUGUUUGUCUUUCCCCAUUCAAUCCGUCAACAAUAUUUGAAGGUCUUCCCACUAAGUACUGUGGAUGAAAUUCACAUUUAGUCCUGCUAUCAAGGAGCUCAAGAAGUGUUCUCUUGAAGGAGAGGCUAAUAAGUCAACAGGCAAUCACCACACUGGAGACUUCAUUAGGUGCAGGGAUGAAAAAGAGCCCCGGUUGCAGUGGUUUUCCAUAAUACUGCACCACCUUGGUUCUUACACCUGGCUGAUCACUCCUUAUCUGCUAAUAUUUUUAUUGUCUUAGUUAUACGUUUCCCCAGGUUUUAAAGGGUGGUAUUGGGGGAAAGUGAGUGGAUUUUGUCAGUGCCAACUCUUCAUGUAAGCAGGUUUCCCCAGUGGACUCUUCUCUGUACUUAUGGUCAGAUAAAGCAAAAUUACACACACCCAACAAUUGUUGAAAAUGACAUUUUUGAGAAAACUAUGGAAAAACGAGAGAGCUUCCAUAAGAGAGUGAUUAAUACAGUGAGAGGUCUGCAAACCAGGUCAUAAGAGAGAGAUUUGAAAGAAUAAUAAUAGCUACCUUUUAUUGAGUGCUGUGUGCAAGGAAGUGUGCUUUUUAUUCAUUGUUUAUGCAGAUAUUGAGAACUUAAGAACUUACUCUGUGCCUGCUACUACCUUAGAAUAACGGUGAACAAGAUAGGUAAGUUCUCUGCUCUUACGGAGCUUUAUAUAUGUCAUUUAAUUCUCACAACAGCUCAUAAUAAAGGCAUUAUACUUUCCUUCCAUUGCCAAGAAACCAAGGCACAAAGAGAUGAAGAAAACUUCCCAAGGUCAUACCGCUAGUAAAUGAUAGAGCCUUGUAGCCAUUAAGUCCCAGCUUCCUUAUUUGAACCAUGUGACACAAAAAAAUGACUUGAGUGACUAUUUUCUCAAUUCUCCCAAAGAUAGUAUGUCACUAGUAUUCUAGAUAUCGGAAGAGAAGUUAAUUCAUAAUGUGUGAUGGAUGCCUUAGGCUGGGCAUUGUGAUAACCCAUGGUUGAGAAGGAAGCCCAAACCUAUAUGCAGAGAGUUUUAGAUUGAGGAAGAGUAACAAAAUUAAGACGGACGGUAAGAAGAAUUUUCAUAAAACUUAGAGACAGAUUCCUAAUAAUGGAAAAUACCACCUCGCAAGUAAUGAAUUAACUGCCAAAAGUUCAGAUAGAGGCUAAGUCCUGUCAAGUAUGAAAUAGGACUGGAUGACUUCUUCAGUUCUUUCCCAUUUAACCUUUAAUUCUAUACUUUAAAUUAUAAACUUGGUUAAAAUUGAAAGUGGAGAGUUAGGAAAAGAGAAGAGAAAAUUGAGGGAUGGUUCAUAUGAUGGCCAUAUUUACUGUGCAAACCAGGGCACUUGAGUGUAGAAAAGGGGAUUGUCAGUUUUUCUGAGGCAACAGGCAUAAAUGGGGCAGGCAGGUUUGAUUAUCUAACCCUAGGAGAUGAGACAACAUUAAAUACACAUUUGAAGCAUUUUCCUUAGCUUCAGGGAAAGAAGGCUGAGAUUUGUAAAUGAAGGAACAAAAGUUUGGCACAAAGGGCACAAGAGGAAGAGGACGCAGUUUUCCCCUGGGGUCAUCAGGAGGAGGGCCUUGGUUGAAUAACAGUCUGUAUGUGCCAGAAAAAAAAGAAAAUGAUAUGAAAAAAGAAAAUUACUGUUUUUGUUUGACAAGAGAACCUUGUUCAUGUAAAUGCUCCACUGUUUUAAAUUUGAGUCAAUGGAUGUCUAAAUUCUCCUUGUUCUUAACAUCUGCGCUAGUGUCCAAGUUACACCAUCUUCCUAAUGUCACAAAGACUGUAGUAUAGAAGCAAGGACCAACGUAAACCUCUUUAAAUGAAAUUACCUGAACCAGGGACUAGUAAGUUUUCCCAAGAGUAGUCCAUGGUAUUAAAAAUCCGUACGUUAGGGUGCAAAAUGAAUUUUAAUUUAAUGCCAUUAUAGCGUGUUGUUAUUCUAAAAUAGAUGAAUUUUCUAAGAGUAAUACAAAAAAUGGCCAAAAAAAUUGAUAAUUCUGUAAGUUUUUAAAAAGCCAUGGUAACUUCCUUUUUGUUUUUAUUGCCCCUUGUUUAUUGGAUCAUACUAAGCAACUGACUAGAAUGUGUUGAGGUGAAGUCCUAUUAGAAUAUUUGCUUCCUCUACUUAACAAACUAAAACUCUAAAAAAGAAUGCCCAUUAAGGAUACAGAAGAAAAAGCCAAGGAAUCUCCCUCAAUGGCCAGAUUUGGUGGUAAAGCUAACUCUAACAGGGAUAACUCGACAAGAAGAAAAGAAAGGACAGCUGCAGUAACCCGUGGGUCCUCACCAAGGUGCGGGUCUGGGGGUAGAAUCCUCCUUUUAUUUUCCGACUUGAGAUAAAACCUUUAUUUUUGUCCAAGCCUGUGACUUCCAUUUGUAAUAUGUCUCCUUUCCCCUAAUAUGCAGAUCCUGGCUUCCCUUGCUCAAUUUUGUGAGUGCUUUUGAAUUUAGAUGAUUGUCUAACUCAAGGAGAUCACGGUCACUUUUCUAUCUCGCUCAAGCUGUGCCUGCAAACUUGACACUGAAUACAUACAGGAAAUCCUAAAAA